AUGGAUAUUACCUUGAUCCAGUCGUCUUUUUUUGCUGAUCUUGCUGUUGCUUGGUUUUCUCCGAGUUUGUUUAGGCAAUAUGCAAAGUUUUCGCUGAUCCUGCCUUCUUCAAGUCUCCAGUUCAUUAGAUUUCUCUCGGCCAGUAUAUUGAUGGCCUCUGUUCUUGUGUUUUCUCUUAUUUUCACUAUAUGCAGCCAACCUUUUGGUCGAUUUUCAGUCGAUGUCGUGCCCCGUUGUGCAAUGUGUUCCGCUAUUUCGGAUCUGUCGCUCAAUGUAAAAUACGUGGUCCUUAAUGUCAGGUUGAUGAGUUAUGAUAACGAAUGUUUCUGUAUCCCUAGUUUAUCGUCUUCUCGCUCCAAUAUUGCCAACAGUUCCGACCCCACCAACCGAAUGUUCUGGAUCCUUUGA